AUGCAUUUUGAUACCGUUCAAAAUUUAAAUUUUCCUUACAAAUAUAAUUCCAUCAUUGCCUCAUCAAAUCGGCCACACAAUAUACAAGAGGAAUUUUUUGUGGUAACACUAGUGGAUAAGGAAGACUCAUCACAACAAUCACAACUCAAUGAGGAAAUAACUGAAAAAAAUGACACUGACACAGAUGAAUCAAACACAGUUUCCUGUUAUUCUGCCAAUGAGACUAAUGACACACAUUCAGAAAGUCACCAGGACCAUAAAGCCAGUUACAGCAAACCGCAUUCAAAAAGAAGUAGAAAAAAUCGGGGGGUAGAAGAAGACACUGAGUUAUUACAACACAAAUGUCCGUUUUGCAAAUGGGGAUACAAAACUAAACAGGCGGUAUUUCAACAUAUAUUACAUAAUCAUGAUGAAAAUUACCACCAGAACUUACCGUGGAAAUGUGAAGAGUGUAAUAGAGGUUUUCUGACCACCAGUGGUUUGAAUACGCACCUAAAAUCACACGACAAAGACAGACAUUUACAAUGUCCCGUGUGUUUGUCGAAACACAAAGAUAACUAUUUUAUUACACAUGUUAUGACGCACGAAAGCGACACCUGCUUUCCAUGUCAAGUCUGUGGCCAACUGUAUAACAGCCACAAGGAACGUAUGCAACACUGGGAACUACACGCCGAAGAUAAACCAUUUUAUUGUAAAAUUUGUUAUCGCCGUUUUCGCAAACAACAAUAUCUAACACAUCAUUUAAAAACACACAAUAAAUAUCAGUGUAACUUCUGUCCAGAACAAUUUAAUUCGCCUGUAACUCAGCGACCUCCCUAUGUUUGUACGAGUUGUAAAGAUUUGCCCGAUAUAAAGCAACAUAUAAAACAUCUAAAAUCAUUGGCUUACAAUAGUCAUGUAUUCGACUCGGAUGAGGAUACCCUUGCAGCAUUUCCAAAGCCAUUAGAGGAUGUUGCUGCCGCGCAACACAAUAAGGAAUUGUGUUCCCAAAGGAACGAGGAGUCAAGCAAUAAACCUAACAAUGACUCAAAUGCUAAUGCAGCAGUAAACGUAAACGAGGAAAUCGAAAACGAAGAUGUAUUUUCAUAUGAAGAUGGCUCAGAUUUAGAAUUUAUUGAUGAAACCUUGGAUGGUGUUGAUAAUGACGAUAAUGUACCCAGUGGUAGUGGCCACCAUAAAUCGCCCUCACACCAACAAACAAUACAGUCAGAAGAAGGCUUGUUCAAUUGCCUGCAUUGCAAAAGAGCCUUUAAUACACAAAGAGCUUUAAGUACCCAUACAAAACGAACACAUAUCAAUCAAUCGGCUCCCGAUUGUCCCUACAAUUGUUCUUAUUGCAAUAGAGGUUUCCAAACAAAAUCGGGCCUAAAUUUCCACGAAAAAACCCACGAUAAAAAUAAGUACGAAUUUAAAUGUCCUUUGUGUUCGAUAACUACUUUUAGAGAAUGCGAUUUCAUAACGCAUGUUUUGUCACACGAAAGCCCCAUCUGCUAUCCUUGCCAAGUGUGUGGUAAAAUAUAUUCCACAUCGGAAGAACGUCUGGCACAUUGGGCGACACACGUUCAAGAGCGACCAUAUGGCUGUAAAUUUUGUUAUCGGCGUUUUGCUCAAAAACAGAUACUACACCGUCACAUGAGAAGUCAUAAACAGUAAAUAAAGGGAGGGUUUCUUAAAACGCUACAGG